CUCUCAGAGCGCCGUGCAACCAACAAAUACUACCCCCCUGACUGGGACCCAUCCAAGGGCUCGAUCAACAAGUUUGUCGGGCAGCACCCGUUGCGGGACCGGGCUCGGAAGCUCGACCAGGGCAUCCUCAUCGUACGCUUUGAGCUGCCAUACAACAUCUGGUGCCUCGGCUGCAACAACCAUGUUGGUAUGGGCGUGCGCUACAAUGCCGAGAAGAAAAAGAUCGGCAGCUAUUACUCGACGCCGAUCUGGCAGUUCCGAAUGAAGUGCCACCUCUGCAGCAACUGGAUCGAGAUUCACACGGAUCCCAAGAACUCGGCCUAUGUGAUCGAGAGCGGAGCCAAAGCCCAAACGACGACCUGGGAUCCUGCCGAGAACGGAACGGUGGUGUUGCAAUCCGAAGAGGUUUCCGAGAAGCUCAAGGCCAACCCGCUCUUCCGUCUGGAGCACCAAGCCGUCGACGAAGCCAAGGGUGCAAGCGCUAAAACGCAGCUAACGCAGCUGCAAGAGUCUCGCGACAAGUUCUGGAGGGACCCGUAUACCAUGUCGCAGCGGCUCCGCAAGAUCUUUCGGGUAUGUGGCCCUGGCCGGUGUGGCGAGCGGCAAGGGAGGCGAUGGGACGAUCGUGCGCUUUGA